AUGCGCGGCGGUCACUCGCCCGGACCCUGCGGCGGCUGGGCCCACCCUGCCGGAACCGUCCGACCCUCGGAGGCCUCGGCCUCUGCUGCCGCCUCCAGCCGGACCCUGGGGCCACGGGUGGGAGGCGGCUUCCGUCGAAGAGGAGGGGGCAGUGGUGGCCACCGCGGCGCGGCCCGGGUUCUUUUGCCAAGAAGAUGGUUUGUGCACUCUUGAACACACACUAUCCAUGCUGAUGGGACAGGAUCCAAUAUGAAUAUAAGUGAUGGAGGAAGACGACGCUUUGAGGAUAGUGAGCAUACAUUGCGUGUAUAUCCUGGGACCAUUGCGGAAGGGACAAUCUACUGUCCAAUUCCUGCCAGGAAAAACUCCACAGCUGCGGAGGUGAUUGACUCUCUUAUAAACAAACUCCAUCUAGACAAAACAAAGUGUUACGUCUUAGCAGAGGUGAAGGAAUUUGGUGGAGAAGAAUGGAUCCUCAAUCCAACAGACUGUCCGGUCCAGCGCAUGAUGCUGUGGCCCCGAAUGGCUCUGGAAAAUCGCUUGAGUGGUGAGGAUUACCGCUUUCUCCUGAGGGAGAAGAACCUCGAUGGCUCCAUCCAUUAUGGCAGCCUGCAGUCAUGGCUGCGGGUGACCGAAGAGCGCCGCAGAAUGCAGGAGCGGGGCUUUCUCCCUCAGCCCCCACAGAAAGAUUUUGAUGACUUGUGUAGCCUGCCUGAUUUGAAUGAGAAAACUCUCUUAGAAAACCUACGAAGUCGCUUUAAGCAUGAAAAAAUUUAUACCUAUGUUGGCAGUAUUCUAAUAGUUAUUAACCCAUUCAAAUUUCUUCCUAUUUAUAACCCCAAAUAUGUCAAAAUGUAUGAUAACCACCAACUAGGAAAACUUGAGCCCCACAUAUAUGCUGUGGCUGAUGUAGCAUAUCAUGCUAUGCUUCAGCGCAAAAAGAACCAGUGCAUCGUGAUCUCAGGAGAGAGUGGUUCUGGGAAGACCCAAAGCACAAACUUCCUUAUUCACCACCUGACCGCCCUAAGCCAGAAAGGAUUUGCCAGCGGAGUGGAGCAGAUUAUUCUUGGAGCCGGACCAGUACUUGAGGCCUUUGGAAAUGCAAAGACAGCUCAUAAUAAUAAUUCAAGUCGUUUUGGCAAGUUUAUUCAAGUCAACUACCAGGAAACAGGCACUGUACUUGGUGCCUAUGUUGAAAAAUAUCUGCUGGAGAAGUCCAGACUCGUUUAUCAAGAGCAUAAUGAACGGAACUAUCAUGUGUUCUAUUAUCUCCUGGCGGGAGCAAGUGAAGAAGAAAGGUUAGCAUUCCAUCUUAAACAGCCAGAGGAAUAUUACUAUCUCAAUCAGAUAACAAAGAAACCCCUCAGACAGAACUGGGAUGAUUAUUGCUAUGACUCUGAGCCGGACUGCUUUACAGUGGAGGGAGAAGAUUUGAGGCAUGACUUUGAACGCUUACAACUGGCCAUGGAAAUGGUAGGAUUUCUUCCCAAGACGCGAAGACAGAUUUUCUCUCUUCUCUCAGCAAUAUUACAUUUGGGUAAUAUCUGCUAUAAAAAGAAGACAUACCGGGAUGACUCCAUUGACAUCUGUAAUCCCGAAGUUCUGCCUGUUGUCUCAGAGUUGUUAGAAGUGAAAGAAGAGAUGCUAUUUGAAGCAUUAGUAACGAGGAAGACAGUCACAGUGGGAGAAAAGCUUGUUUUACCAUACAAGCUGGCAGAGGCUGUGACAGUAAGGAACUCCAUGGCUAAAUCUCUGUAUAGUGCUCUGUUUGACUGGAUAGUCUUUCGAAUUAACCAUGCACUUCUGAAUGGUAAAGAUCUGGAGCACAAUACCAAGACUUUGUCCAUUGGUGUUCUGGAUAUUUUUGGGUUUGAAGAUUAUGAAAAUAAUAGCUUUGAACAGUUCUGUAUUAAUUUUGCUAAUGAACGUUUGCAGCAUUACUUUAAUCAGCACAUCUUUAAGUUGGAGCAAGAGGAGUAUAGAGCUGAAGGCAUCAGCUGGCGCAACAUAGACUACACUGAUAACACCUGCUGCCUAAGCCUUAUCAGCAGAAAACCAACGGGGCUGCUCCACCUUUUGGAUGAAGAAAGCAACUUUCCGCAGGCAACAAAUCAAACAUUGUUAGACAAGUUUAAGCAUCAACAUGAAGAUAAUUCUUACAUUGAAUUUCCAGCUGUGAUGGAACCUGCUUUUAUCAUUAAACAUUAUGCUGGAAAAGUAAAAUACGGGGUAAAGGAUUUUCGGGAAAAAAAUACAGAUCAUAUGCGCCCAGACAUUGUAGUUCUUCUGAGAAGUAGCAAGAAUGCAUUUAUCUCUGGGAUGAUUGGAAUCGAUCCUGUAGCUGUUUUCCGAUGGGCAGUUCUCCGAGCUUUCUUCAGAGCCAUGGUUGCUUUUAGAGAAGCUGGCAAAAGACACAUUCAGAAGAAAACUGGACAUGAUGAUACAGCGCCAUGUGCAAUUUUGAAAAGUAUGGAUAGUUUUAGCUUUCUCCAACACCCAGUCCACCAGAGGAGUUUAGAGAUUCUGCAGAGGUGCAAGGAAGAAAAGUACAGUAUCACCCGGAAAAAUCCCAGAACACCUCUUUCUGAUCUCCAAGGCAUGAAUACACUAAAUGAGAAAAACCAACAUGAUUCAUUUGAUAUCACCUGGAAUGUCAGACCUGGGAUUCGCCAGAGCAGACUACCAAGUGGCACCUCCUUGCUUGAUAAAGAUGGGAUAUUUGCUAAUUCAGCAAGCAGCAAACUACUGGAAAGAGCGCAUGGGAUUCUCACAAGAAACAAAAACUUCAAAUCCAAGCCUGUCCUUCCGAAGCACUUGCUAGAGGUAAAUUCUUUGAAGCAUCUGACAAGACUGACUCUACAAGAUCGCAUUACCAAGUCUCUUCUUCAUUUGCAUAAGAAGAAGAAACCUCCUAGUAUCAGCGCCCAGUUUCAGGCAUCAUUAAGCAAGCUGAUGGAGACACUUGGUCAAGCAGAACCAUAUUUUGUAAAAUGUAUUCGCUCUAAUGCUGAAAAGUUGCCCUUAAGAUUCAACGAUGCUUUGGUACUAAGACAGCUUCGAUACACUGGGAUGCUAGAAACAGUUCGAAUUCGCCAAUCAGGAUACAGCUCCAAAUAUUCUUUCCAGGAUUUUGUGAACCACUUCCAUGUACUUCUUCCCCGAAAUACUAUUGCAUCCAAAUUUAACAUUCAGGAUUUCUUCAGGAAAAUAAGUCUUAAUCCCGAUAGUUAUCAAGUUGGAAAAACCAUGGUCUUCCUAAAGGAGAAAGAACGACAAUACUUACAAGAUCUGCUUCACCAAGAGGUGCUCCGUAGAAUCAUAGUGUUGCAACGAUGGUUCAGGGUCUUGCUGUGUAGGCAGCAUUUCCUCCAUUUGAGACAGGCGUCCAUUAUUAUCCAGCGAUUCUGGAGGAGUUACCUACAUCUGAAGCAAGUUAGAGAUGCAGUUGUGCAGAAGGAUGCUUUUGUUAUGGCUAGUGCAGCUGCCCUUCUCCAAGCUUCCUGGCGUGCUCACUUAGAGAGGCAACGGUACUUGGAACUACGGUCUUCAGCCAUCAUAAUCCAGCAGAGAUGGAGGGAGCUCUGUAGGCGCAGACACAUGGCUGCUACCUGCAUACAGGCAAGAUGGAGAGGCUACAGGGAAAGUAAGAGGUACAAAGCACAAAGGAACAAAAUUAUCCUUUUGCAGUCAGCAUGUAGAGGAUUCAGAGCAAGACAAAGAUUUAAAGCUUUAAAGGAACUCAAGCUGAAAGAAACCAAACUAGAACAUGGAUUGGUGAAUACCAAGACAUGUGGAGCUCUGGAGAUCCAGGGUUCAGACCCUGCAGAAUGGGAGGAUUGCUCUUUUGAUGACAGAGUGAAAGCUGUAGAGGAGUAUAAAUCUGUAAUAGAGAGUAAUCGAAUUAGCCGUGAAAGCUCAGGGGACUUCUCAAAGGAGUCUCCAGUCAAGCAUCAGGAAACAGGCAGAAGCCAAAGUGGUGUGGACUUGCAGGAAGAUGUGAUUGUAAGAGAGAGACCCAAGUCCUUGGAGGAUCUCCAUCAGAAGAAAGUAGGCCGUGCCAAAAGAGAAAGCCGGAGAAUGAGAGAACUAGAGCAAGCAAUAUUUAGCCUAGAGUUGCUAAAAGUCCGUUCUCUUGGGGGUGCGUCUCCUUCAGAGGAACGUAGAUGGUCUACAGAACUGAUGUCUGAAGGCCUUCAAUCUCCACAGGGAACACCUGAUAGCGAAAGUUCUCAAGGAAGCUUAGAACUUCUGAACUGUGAGGAAAGCCAGAAGAGCAAACUAGAGUCCAUAAUUUUAGAUGAAGGAGACCUACAAGUUCCAUCACCUAAGAUAUCCAGCUGUCCAAACUCCGAUGCACAGGACACUGUCCUGGGUGCCUCAAGUGAAGCUAGCUGUGCACUGACUCCAAAGGGAGCAACUUCUGACUCAGAGCACUUGAAGAGUGGAACUGUGAAGGAAAAGCCAGUCUGUAGUUCAGAACCUAUGUCCUGUAAACCCCAGCUGAGAGAGUCUUUUAUUUCAAAUAGUCUGCCUACAUUUUUUUAUAUUCCCCAUCAAGACCCCCUGAAAACAAGUUCUAAGAUAGACACAAAUAUCCAAAGAAACAAACUGUUGGAGAGUGAAGACACACCAAGGACAGGUCUCACUUGGGAUACUAAUAAGGAAGCUAAGAAGUAUCACUUCUCGGGAGAUCAUUUGACUCCUUUGAAUAUAGAUUCUUCCAGUACUGUGCUUAAGAAGUUAGAAAAGCUAAACACUGAGAAGGAGAAAAGGCAAAAGCAGUUGCAGCAGCAGAAUGAAAAAGAGAUGAUGCAACAGAUUCGCCAGCAAACAGAUAUUUUAGAGAAGGAGCGUAAAGCCUUCAAGACAGUUGAGCAUUCAGGAACUGGGGAGUCUCUCCUGGCACCAUCUUUCUGUCAAUCAAAGGAAAGAGUAGAGAGGCCAUCCUCUCUCCUUAUUCUAAAUACCACAAAUAAAGCAGAACCCAGUGUACUAGGGUCCCUAUCAUUAGUAACCAAAAAAGAUGCAGCUCUUGCCCCAGAAGACAGUCCUUCUGCUCAUUUACCCAUGAAGGACCGACCUGUCACCACGUUCUUUGAAAGAAAAGCAAGCCCAUGCCAAUCUAGUACUGUCAAGGAAUUAUCCAAGACAGAAAGAAUGAGCACUCAGCAGAGUGCAGCCUGUAAACUCUCUAAUAAUCACAUUUCAAAAAGAGAACACCUUAGACCAGCUCAGUCUUACUGCCACAAAUCCACUGAUUCUUCCAGAGAAGGGAGUACAAGGGCCAUUUUCUUCACGCCAAGGGACAAUAUGAAUAGUCCCCUUGUCAACAAGGAAUCCUUAAAUGGUGGGAAUCCUCAAGUCGGUAAACAAGACGGACCAUCUUGGAAACCUAAGCUAGCGGGCCUGGGUCAGCAAGAGGUUGCCAGACCGGCCCAUAAAAAGAAAGCUCGAAUGGCGCGGACGCGCUCCGAUUUCUUGACUAGAGGUACUUUUGCCGAUGGGGAGGGGGAUACAGAGGACGAUGAUUACGAUGGCAUUACUGAGCCCCUUCUCUCCCUUGACCGAGCUUCUCACUCUGAGCUAGGGCCUGCAUCCAGCCUGGGUCAGGCCUCUCAUAGUGACUCCGAAAUGACAUCACAGCGAUUUUCUUCAAUUGAUGAACAAACAAAGCUUCAUAAGACUAUGUCCCAAGGAGAGAUUACAAAGUUGGCAGUAAGACAGAAGGCUUCGGAUUCAGAUAUAAGACCUCAGAGAGCUAAGAUGAGAUUCUGGGCCAAAGGAAAACAUGGAGAGAAGAAGACUACAAGAGUAAAGCCUGUUACCCAAUCGGAGGCUUCAGCAUUCUUUGCUGACUCAGAUGUGACUCCAUCUCAUCAGGGUCCAGAAGAAUUAUCUCAGCAUCACCCAACACCUCCUUUGAGUCCAGAACUGCCUAGUAGUUGCCGGAAGGAGUUCAAGGAGAACAAAGAGCCUUCUCCAAAGGCAAAGCGCACACGCAGUGUGAAGAUCAGCAAUGUGGCCAUGGACUCUGUGCGCCGGCAGAACGACUCCAUUCAAAUCAUAGCCAGUGCCAGUGAUUUAAAAAGCAUGGAUGAAUUUCUUCUGAAAAAGAUGAAUGAUCUAGACAAUGAGGACAGCAAGAAGGAUACACUAGUGGAUGUUGUAUUUAAAAAAGCCCUGAAAGAAUUUCGGCAGAAUAUCUUCAGCUUUUAUUCAUCUGCCUUGGCGAUGGAUGAUGGGAAAAGCAUACGAUAUAAAGACCUCUACGCACUGUUUGAACAGAUUCUGGAAAAGACAAUGAGGCUCGAGCAGCGUGAUUGGAGUGAAUCUCCAGUGAGAGUUUGGGUCAAUACUUUCAAGGUAUUUUUAGAUGAAUACAUGAAUGAAUUCAAGACUUCUGAAAGCACAACCACAAAGGCACCAAAAACAGAAAGAAAGAAAAGAAGGAAAAAAGAAACUGAUUUGGUGGAAGAGCACAAUGGGCACAUCUUUAAGGCUACCCAGUAUAGCAUCCCUACAUACUGUGAAUACUGCUCUUCUUUGAUAUGGAUAAUGGACCGAGCCUCUGUUUGUAAAUUGUGUAAGUAUGCUUGUCAUAAGAAGUGCUGUCUGAAGACCACAGCCAUGUGCUCCAAGAAGUGUGAUCCAGAGCUGUCAUCUCGACAAUUCGGGGUUGAACUGUCCCGCUUGACUAGUGAAGACCGAACUGUUCCUUUAGUGGUUGAGAAGCUCAUAAACUACAUUGAAAUGCAUGGGCUUUAUACAGAAGGCAUUUACCGAAAGUCUGGUUCAACCAAUAAGAUCAAGGAGCUCCGACAGGGUCUAGAUACAGAUGCUGAAAGUGUAAACCUAGAUGACUACAAUAUACAUGUCAUUGCAAGCGUUUUCAAACAAUGGCUUCGUGAUUUGCCCAAUCCACUCAUGACCUUUGAACUCUAUGAGGAAUUUCUUCGAGCUAUGGGCCUUCAGGAAAGGAAGGAGACAAUCCGUGGUGUAUACUCUGUGAUCGACCAGCUCUCCCGAACUCACCUCAAUACUCUGGAACGCCUCAUCUUUCAUCUAGUUAGGAUUGCUCUACAGGAAGACACUAAUCGAAUGUCUGCUAAUGCUUUGGCCAUUGUGUUUGCACCCUGCAUUCUACGCUGCCCUGACACCACUGACCCACUGCAAAGUGUACAGGAUAUCAGUAAGACUACAACCUGUGUGGAGCUGAUUGUUGUGGAACAAAUGAGUAAAUACAAGGCUCGUCUCAAAGACAUCAGUAGCCUGGAAUUUGCUGAGAAUAAGGCAAAGACUAGGCUGUCACUGAUUCGCAGAUCUAUGGGAAAGGGCCGCAUCCGUCGAGGAAACUAUCCAAGUCCAUCCUCUCCUGUUAUAGUUCGGUUGCCUUCCGUGUCUGAUGUCCCAGAAGAGACCUUAACUAGCGAGGCAGCCAUGGAGACUGACAUCACAGAACAGCAGCAGGCAGCCAUGCAGCGGGAGGAAAGAGUACUGACUGAGCAGAUUGAGAGCCUCCAGAAAGAGAAAGAGGAGCUAACAUUUGAGAUGCUUGUACUGGAACCCCGUGCCUCUGAUGAUGAAACCCUUGAGUCUGAGGCCUCCAUUGGGACUGCUGAUAGCUCAGAAAAUUUAAAUAUGGAGUCUGAAGGUGCUGUCUCUGAAAGAUCAGAGAGAAGCUUAGCACUCUGCUCCCUGAAGAUAGCUGGCAAGUCUGAACCUUCAAGCAAGUUGCGAAAGCAGCUAAGAAAGCAACAGGACUCUGUGGAUUCAGUGGACUCCACAGUUUCUUCAUCUCUGUCUAACACUACAUCGUCUCAUGGCACCAGAAAACGAUUUCAGAUUUAUUCCAAAUCUCCAUUCUACCGAGUUGCCUCAGCUAGUGAGGCCGCGGGAGUGGAAGGACCAUUGGGCCAGACCAGAUCCCUGGAAGACAAGCCUCAGUUCAUCAGCAGAGGAACCUUCAACCCUGAAAAGGGCAAACAAAAGCUAAAGAAUGUGAAAAACUCACCUCAGAAAACCAAAGAGACCCCAGAGGGGACAGUCAUGUCUGGCCGCAAGAAAGCUGUGGAGCCGGACUGCAGCUCCACCCCACAGCUAGCACUCUUUGGAAAUAAUGAGUUUAUGGUCUGAACUGACAGAUGUGUGUCCCUUCAUGACUAGUGUGGUAGACACAGCCCAUCUUUGGGGCCUCCUCUUACCACCUCAUCCACAAUAGUCGAUCUCACCAUUCAGCUACGACCUUGUGUGCUGAAUUCCUGGGUCUCCUACAGAAGUGGAAAGGCCUCUUUGAAGCCUGCUGGGGAUGGUGCCAGCUGUGCCUUGGCUGCUGUAUUUGAGUUGAGAUUUCACUAAAGAAAGCAACCUAGGGCCUAGGGAUUUAGGUCAGCAGAAGUUGCCUCUCCCCUACUCUCCUUUCCCUUCCCAGAGAUAGAUGUUGAGCUAGUAGAGGGAGAGAGAGUGUGGUCCUGAGGGAUCCUCUGAUUUCUGGCAUUUGAAGAAAACAUAAACCUUUCUUAACCAUGAAAACAGAAGCCUUUGGGGUUAUUUUGGGUUAGUUAAGAGCUAGGGUAGAAUAUAAUUUUUCCAAGGAUUUAUAAUUAAAAAUCUAAGCCCUCUAUUUUAAAAUUUUGAAAAAAAACACUUCAUGUUAUAUUCUGGGAGAAGUAAAAAAGUUAUUGCUUGCAUUAAGCCAUCAGAGCAUGUCUCAGCUAUCCGGUUAUACAGUGAAGAAGAGUACAUGCUUUGUUUUUGAUGAUGUUUGAUAUCAUAAUAAUCAAUGCUGGUUUUUACUCCUGGUUAGUUCCUGCCAAAUACAUUGUAUGGGCUGAAGUUUCAGUAGCCAUAUUCUUCUGAUAUCUCCUGAUCAGAUUCUUACAGUUUUUUUUUUUAAUGUCUUAGUGACACUUAGGUGACCCCUAAACAUAAAGGUCUCAUCCCAAUCAGUCCAGGCUUUUCUCUUUGUAUAGACUAAACUGACACCACAUGUGAGCCUGUUCAUUUGCUGGUGGAUUCCCACCUCGGAUCAUUUAAUCCCUUUGCCCACACACUCACGUACAACAUUGCAUGAAUAAGUGUUACAGAAAGCUGCCAGUUGUUUUCAAGUUUUUAAUAUGACCCUUCUAACUUCUGUCUUUUUCCUCAGACCAUCAGUAUUAAAUAGAUGAAAAAAAUCAAGGACUACUUGAAGCUAUUUUUGUUAAUAUACUGGUUACUGAAGUUUACUGUAAAUAUAUAUGUAUAGUAUGCCUAUUUCUUUUUAACCUUGUGUUCCCUCCUUCCAUGGAAUUUCUUCCUGCAGUACAGGGGCCAUUGGACAGGGGUGAGAGCCCUUCACCCCUGGCUAAGGGAAGAAGAAGAUCAUCUGUUUCAUCACUGGUGGUCUCCAUAUACCUAAGUUAUCACAACAUCUGAAGCAUCCUGGCAUUUGUGGAUGGGAAAUCUGUUUUUGCUAUUUAUAAUAUAUGUAAAAUGAAAAACCCUUUUUGAGAUAAAUAUGUGAAAAUGUUUACUUUUAAAGUUACAAAAUAUAUCUUGUCUAACAACCACAUGCACUGUUCUGAAAAGAGCCUUUACCACCUAUAACCUGAAUUUUGGUUAUUCUUCCUUUUCAUACUUCCUUGAAGUAUGAAAGUAGUAAAUCUUUUGUUAAGGCAGAGUCUCCCCUGUUACAUGACACUGAGCCUCCUGCCACUGCCUCAGUGGCCUGUAGCCAGCCCCACGGUCAGACUUGGAGCAUUGCCCUGCAUAGCUCUUGAGGUUGUCAGUAAACAUUAGGCUUGCUUUCUAUCUCGCAAACAUUUGCCUUGUUCAUGUUGUCUUGAGAAGUAACGAAUUUCAAGCCUUUCAAAAUAGGAAUUUCAGAGACUCUCCUAGAGGAAAGGCCCUCAGCACGACGGGCCCUGGCUGGUGUGCAGUCGGUCUGUGUAUCAGUAUUUUGGGGAGAGUGAUGUGCUGCUGGGUGUUAACUGUUACUGUCUACUUGCUCUAGAAUGUUAGUUAAAUCCCAUGUUUUUAAAAAAAAAAAAAAAAAAAAAGAUUGCCCUCCA